GUCAAAUCAAAAGUCAAAUCUUUCUUCCGGUUGAAAAACGCUCGCCAUCUUGGACGUGUUUUCUCGUCGCUUUGCAGCGAAAAUAAAUAACCAUACAAAAUGGGUCACGCCAACAUCUGGUAUUCUCACCCCCGUAAAUACGGACAGGGCUCCCGGUCAUGCCGCGCCUGCUCCAACCGCCACGGUCUCAUCCGCAAGUACGGUCUGAACAUCUGCAGACAGUGCUUCAGGGAAUACGCGAAUGACAUUGGAUUCAAGAAGCUGGACUAAGGUGCCACGCAGCUGGCUGUUUUCUUAAUGUAAGACUAAACCAAUAAAGCUUUUAAAUCCAA